AAAAUGGAUGGCAAAUCCACACGAUUAAAACCUUGCUGAUGCUGAUAAUGAUUUAGCCUAAACUGCUAAAUGACAACUGAAGAACUAAUCAAGCUUAAAUGUAAAAAUUGCCACAAGUGUGCGCUACUUUGCGUCAUGAAGGAGGAAUUCUCGCUCAGUACUUGAAGGGCUGCAAUAACUACUCUUCAUUUGCUCAGUAAACCCACGGCACAAGGCUGACCAGCCUCUACAUCGCCCCUCCUGCUGUGACGUCACGCUCAUGGCUAUUUGCAUGAAGUACGUUGUACAGCUCAUUUGAGAGUUAAAACUGAAUCUCGCUUGAGAAGCGAAAGACCAUACGGAGCGGGAGAGCGCGAGAAACCUGCGCGAGAAGAGCACUCAUGUUAUCGCGCGCACACUGAGAAGUAUUACAGCGCGCGCUGAAAAUGGAGCUGCCCGCCGCGGGUGAGCACGUCUUCGCGGUGGAAAGCAUCGAAAAGAAACGCAUUAGAAAGGGAAGGUGUGAGUACCUGGUCAAGUGGAGAGGCUGGUCUCCCAAAUAUAACACGUGGGAGCCAGAGGAAAAUAUUCUGGACCCGAGACUUCUCGUCGCUUUCCAAAACAGGGAAAGACAAGAGCAGCUAAUGGGUUAUCGUAAACGGGGGCCAAAACCAAAACAUCUUCUCCUGCAGGUACCAUCAUUUGCUCGAAGAUCCAGUGUUCUUACCAACCUUCAGGAGGUGUCACAGGGUGAGGAUAACCAACCCAAAACAACUUCAGACCUGGUCCAAAGCCAGCAAUACCAGCUUAACAGCAAAAAGCACCAUCCCUACCAGCCCAACCCAAAAGACAAGCAGGGAGAGGCACGAAUAAAUGGGAAAAAGAAGCACUACUACCAGCUCAACAGCAAGAAACACCACCACUAUCAACCAAACCCUAAAAUGUAUGACUCCCUAUAUCAGAGGGUCAAGGAGACCAAAGUUCCUGAGUUGACCGACAAGGAAUGGAACUUAUCUCCAGCUCUACAGCAGAAAUGGGUCCAAAGUAAGGAUUCUGAGUGCCUCAGUAAGGUGAGAAAUAUUACAAUGGAGUUGAAAAAGCUUCCUAAACUAAAUGGUGGCGCUGACUUAAACAUGAACACAAACAGUUAUGCAAAGGAAGAUAAGGCACCGCACAAUGGAAUAAGCAGCAAACUGAAGAUUGUGAAGAAUAAGAAUAAAAAUGGGCGCAUUGUCAUUGUCAUGAGCAAAUACAUGGAAAAUGGCACCCAAGCAGCUAAAAUUAAGAAAGGAACAGUAGAUUCCGAGGAAAAAAGGCAACCACAAGAUUGUAAGUCCUGUGGAACAGAUGAGAGCACAGAGAAGAUAAAGCACACAAAGAAGCAAAGUCUUGUGAAAGUGAUAAAAAAGGACAGUAAAGCUGAGUCUGCCUGUUUUAGGCUUUCCAAUGGACUAUCAUCUUGUGAAGGGGACAAUCCUAAAAAAACAUGCUCCACAGUGUUUGAGCCAAACAACUCAAAGAAGCCUGGCAGCACUGGAGAUUAUGUAUCUAAUGAACAGCCCUUGCAACUGACAAACAAAACCAGUCUGACUACAGUGUCUAUUGAGACGAGUGAUCAAAAAGGCACCCAAUCUACUCAAUAUGGUCCUCUCACCUUGCCUCGAAAGCGUUGCUACUCUGAGCCAGACAGUGACAGUGGGGAGGUUAAAAGGCUCCUAAUUUCUCAGAGUACAAAUGCUCCUAAUACUGACUUGUCUCACUCUUUUAAUGGCACCACACACUUCAAUAACCAUCAGCACUCUGGCAGACAUGACUUUGAAAUUUUGGACUCCAACCAAGACGAACCCAUAGACCUCAGCUGUGUAAGGUCAAGAGAAGAGAGAAAAAAUCCUACACAUUCUCAGAUUGGAAACUCUAUACCGACUGGGAAAGCAGUGGUCUCUGCACCAGAGCAAGUAGAGAAAGAAAUGAAAAAAUCUGUUCGAAGCUUUACACCUUUUCUUGGGAAUAUAAUAAUCACAGAUGUCACAGCAAACUGCCUUACAGUGACAUUCAAGGAGUAUGUUACAACGAAGGUAAACAUGGAGCUGUCGGCUGUCGGAGAGAGGGUGUUCGCGGCCGAAUCGAUCAUCAAGAGACGAAUACGACGGGGUCGAAUGGAAUAUCUCGUGAAAUGGAAGGGCUGGUCACCCAAGUACAGUACUUGGGAACCAGAGGAAAAUAUCCUAGACUCACGCCUAUUCGUUGCCUUUGAGGAGAGGGAGCGUGAGAGAGAAAUAUUUGGACCCAAGAAAAGAGGACCUAAGCUCAAGACUUUUCUUCUAAAGGCCCAAGCUAAAGAAAAGGCAAAGUCUUAUGAAUUUAGGAAUGAAUCAUCCAGAGCCAUUGCAUAUCCCAGUCCAGAGCCUGUGGUAACCCCUAGAGCGAGGGAAGGACUACGUGCUGUAGUUCCCACAAUUUUCCCUCCCAGCACAGUCAACCGAGGAGAGAGCGUAAGGAUUCCACCUCCAGAACCAAGGGAGCAAAGUUCUCCACACUCAUCCAGACCCAGCACUGAUGCUUUUACCCUCACCCCAAAAAAGAGAGGACGGAAGCCCAAAUUACGCUUCACAGAUGGCUAUACAAGCUCCUUACAUCCAGAGCAUUCAAAAAGAGCAGCAGAUGAAACCAUGGCAAGCAUUCCUUCCAAAAUGGCAAAGUUAGGUUUGGGAGAAGAGGAAGAGAGAUGCUCAGAAAUAAGUGGGAGAAUUAAGAUAUCUCAUAAGCACAUGGAUGCUACCUAUUCACACAAACAAAACAGAGUUGUUCCAAGCAGGAGUACCCAGCAUAUUUCUCCAGAGUGGAGUUUGCAUUCCAGCAGAGGUAGUGCAGACUUACAGGGCCACAGGACUAAUCCGCAGACAAGCCACUUUCACCAUAAACACCUGAAGCACCAUUCAAAACGAAGAAUAUUUGAACACGGUGAUUCCUCCAGCAGACAGCCUUCACUUAUUGCCAAAAUUCCAGUGUCACGCAUAUUUGGAGAGCCGGAGGAGGGAGAUGCUUGGAAACCCUCCUUCAGCAAUGUGGAGAAAGUCAUAGUUACCGAUGUGACAUCGAACUUCCUGACUGUAACAAUCAAAGAGAGUAGCACAGAUAAAGGCUUCUUUAAAGACAAAAGAUGAUCAUUUACUGCAGCCAGUAUGCUCCUUUCAUCUCUUCAGAAGUCAUUUAUUGUCGAAAAUAUUCUGUGUAUUGUAUAAAAAAAAAAUCUUAUUCCCUUUUCUGUCAAGCUGAAAUCUGUAUUUAUUGUGAAAUUGCUGCUUUAAGUAAUUUGCAUGCACUAGACAAGAUAAACAAAGCCAGAACUGUGUUCAAAUACAUACAGGAGUUCUCAGAUCAUUUGUUGUAAGUAUUAAUUACAAAUUGUUUACCUAUAAAUAUAUAAAAGUAUCAUUUGUCUCCCAGACGAAUAUUAAAACAUUUAUGUACAGAAUAAGA